AAAAAGAAAAUGAGAUUCUUUUAAGUGAAAAUGAUUUUCUCAAGAAUGAAAAUGAAAUGUUAAAACUUCAGUUUGCAGCAAUGAAAGAAGAGUUAGAAACUUAUAAGAAUCCUGAAACAUGCUCCCUACGAUCUGCUCUUAAGUACCCGGUUCCUCGAGUUUCGCAUGCUGAAGCAUCUUUAGAUCCGGAGUCACCUUCCCCUAAAAAAAGAAAAACUCUUCU